AUGGAAUUGAAGAAAGUAAAUGAAGUGCAUGUUAUCCCUAAAUUUUCUGAGAAGUGUGGCAUAUGUGAGGAUCAUGAGCAUUCAACUAAUGAAUGUCCCACGAUCCCUGCUUUCAAGGAAGUAUUGUUGGACCAAUCUAAUGCUGUAAACAUGAUACAUAAACCAUAUUCUGGUCCUUACUCUAAUUCUUAUAAUCCAGGAUGGAGGAGCCACCCAAAUCUCAGUUGGAGGGGUGACCAACAUGUAACUCCAGCAACCUUGGCCCCAGGGCCCUCUCAACUGGCAAUUCAAGCACCUCCAAUGCAAAAGAAGGGACUUGAAGAUACGGUUCAGCAGCUGAGUGUGACACUUCAACAGUUCAUGCAAGGUCAAGCAACACUCAACAAUCAGAAUUCAUUGGCAAUUAAUGACAUACGGAGUUCCCUCACAAGGUUGACUACAUCUUUAAGUACCCAAGAGAAGGGUAAAUUUCCUGUACAGUCACAACCAAAUCCACAAGGGCAGCCUCAUCAAGUGCAAGCAAUAAUUGAGGAUCCUGACUUAAAGUCGGUCAAAGCGAUGACUACUUUAAGAAGCGGUAAGGUGGUAGACAUUCCAGCACAUGAGCCAUACAAUUCUGGUAAGGUCUCUAACCCUUCUAAUAAAGAUGGAGAGCAUGUUUCUGAUGUGCAUGAGAAAAUUCAUUGUCCUAUACCUGCUCCUUUUCCUCAGCGAUUAGUUCCGUUGCAUAAAGAUAAGCAUCUUGCUGAAAUUCUUGAGGAUUUUAGGCAAGUUAGGAUUAACAUCCCUUUGUUAGAUGCUAUUCAGCAAAUUCCUGCCUAUGCAAAAUUUUUAAAGGAUCUAUGCACUGUUAGUGCUAUCAUUCAGAGUAAUACACCACCUAAAUACAAGGACCCUGGAGCACCUACAAUUGCUUGUGUAAUCGAAAAUUCAAAAAUUGGUCACGCUUUGUUGGAUCUUGGUUCAAGUGUCAAUUUAUUGCCUUACACUGUGUAUGAACAGCUUGGUUUAGGUGAACUGAAAUCCACACCUAUCAUUCUGCAACUUGCUGAUAGAUCAAUAAAAAUGCCUAGGGGCAACCUCAGGAUUAAGAAGAAGUUAAGGAAGUUAAUUUGCUGGAAAAUAUCCUUGAUGAGGACUUUCACUUGA